AUGGAGAAGCCCCGUGAAUUGGGGGCACGAAGAAAGGUCCGAGACGAGUACCCGAGAAAAUGCAUGGCCAGCACGGUGGCGCCCAGCACAAUCUACAAAGAUACGCUGGUCACAAGUGCCAAGAAGGGUGGCCAUGGCUGCUCCUUGAGGGUACUGUAUGUGCACAGCAGGAUUGACCUGGACCAGAGCCAAGGCCCUGAGACAGGGGUGCAGACUUGCCUAAAAAAGGCCUGCCUGGCCCACGGUGCCUGUCUGGGGUUUAUGCUCUUAGAGGAACUGGAGUUAGAAGACCCAGGCCUACUCGAGGCCUUCUACACAGCAGAUAUUGCUGUUGCAGUCGUGAGUGAUCUCGUCAAACAGUACUUACUCUUCUACCAUCUUGGAAUCCGUGAAAGUUUCAACAUGACUAAUAAUGUGAUCCUGUACUACAACACAGACAUUAACACAGCGAUUUUAUUGGAGGAGUUUGUAAUUCAGAAAAACAAAGUAUCUAGUGGAGGUUAUUAUUUCGUCCCUUACAUCAUAACAUCAUGUAAGGAAUAUAUUUGCUACGAGAACAAUAUCCAGAGGCUUGCUUCUCAGUACAAAGAACCAGGUUGCAAAACCAAUGUCAACCCACUCUGUGUAUCCUUAGUGGACAAAUUUUCCAGCCUCCUCGUUGACAUCUACGCAACAUCAUGUUACUUCAAACCAGCUUUGUUAAAAGAGAACCAGAAAGCCAGAAAUACAUAUCAGGAUGAUGAACUGGUGAAGGAAUUGACUCGGAUCAAACUCGAAAAGGACAGCUUGGGGGCUCUGACCAUAGAUUUUUUCAAAGGUUUGAUGAUGUCCUAUCGUGAUGUCCAGGACUACGAUUCCAUGAUAAAGCUGGUAGAAAGCCUGGCGAGGAGUCCUGUGUGUUCGAAUGACCGGAAUUCUAUUGGAAUCCUCUAUGCAUUUGCACUGAAUAGGAGAAAGUAUAAAGGUGACAAUAUAAGAGCUCUGAGAGUCAUGCUCAAGAUUCUGGAGAACAGUGAAUAUUCUUCCUCAGACAUGUUGUGCCUAUGUGGAAGGAUCUACAGAGACCUGUUCUUUGAAUCAAAGUAUACAGAUCGUAGCAGUCGAGACAACGCUAUUAAAUCGUAUCGUCAAGGAUUUAAUCUUGAACCUGAUCUUAGUUCUGGAAUUAACCUUGUUGUUUUACUGCUAACUUCUGGACAGAAAUUUGAAACUUCUUCAGAACUAAAGAAAAUAGGUGUCUUCCUGAACAAUUUAUUGGGAACAAAAGGAAAGUUGGAUAAGAUGAACAAUUACUGGGAUGUAGGUUACUUCUUCAAAGUCACCAUGUUGAACAAUGAUUUUGGAAAGGCCGUCCAGGCAGCAGAAAGGCUGUUUACACUGAAUGCUCCAGAGUGGUACCUGAGAUCAUUAUUUCAUAACUUUAUAUUAAUUUAUGAGUGUAUCAAAACUACUAAUGAAUAUUUACCCAAGCAAGAACAGCUUGAUUUCUGGUUGGAUAUCCUUUUUGAAGCACCAAAUAGAUUUCCUUGUGGGACCAGAUUUCCGGUUCUGGUGAUAGUACAGAACAAUGUCUACCAGCCUUCUUAUGUCUCUAUAAACAGUGGAGCUGAGAAUAUAAUUACUCUGAAGAGCAUGUUACCCAAGGAAAGUAAAGAAAUUUAUGAAUGGAAUUUCACGUCAUCUUCUGUUAAAGCAAUAAGCAUAUCCAGGUUAGAUGAAAGGUGCUGUUUUCUUUACGUCUAUGAUAAUGAUGAUGACUUCCAAAUCUACUUUUCCACCAAAGACCAUUGUAGUAGGUUUUUCACUUUGGUCAGAAAUACGACACCAUCAGGUAAUGUAGUAGGGUCAGAGGAAGACACUGAUGGGGACAUCAUAGAGUAUGCAUAUGAACUUGAUGCCCAAGGCCACCGAAUUAUUCUGGGGAAAGGAACUUAUGGGAUUGUAUAUACUGGAAUGGAUCUGAACAAGCAAGUGAAAAUUGCUAUCAAAGAAGUUUCAGAAGUACAUACCAGGCAAUCUCUGCGUGAGGAGCUAUCCCUGCACAAGUACCUCAAACACUCCAACAUUGUUCAAUACCUGGGCUAUGUAUGUGAGAAUGGCUACAUUAAGAUCUUCAUGGAGCAGGUACCUGGAGGAACUCUAUCUGACCUUUUGCUAUCAAAAUGGGGACCUCUAAAGGAGCCUACCAUCAAGUUUUACACCAAGCAGAUUCUAGAAGGCCUUGAGUAUCUCCACAAAAAACAGAUUAUACACAGGGACAUCAAGGGUGGUAAUAUUCUGGUAAAUAUCUACAGUGGAGUAGUGAAAAUAGCUGAUUUUGGAGCCUCUAAGCAUAUUUCACAAGUGAGUUCCGAUAUGGGGACAAUUGCAGGUACACUUCAGUACAUGGCACCUGAGAUUAUCGGUCAGUAUCAUGGAUAUACGAACAUUAGUACUUCGGUCGAUAUCUGGUCCCUGGCUUGCACCGUAGUUGAGAUGGCCACUGGAAGGCCUCCCUUUUCUGAGCUAGGCGAGUCACAGGCAGUAAUGUUCCAGUUGGGGAUGUGUAAGAGCCACCCGGAGAUUCCAAGGUCUCUCUCAUCUAAAGCCAGAGCCUUCAUUUUGCCAUGCUUUGAGCUUAACCCCACCAAACGCCCCACCGCCACCCAACUACUUAAAGACAAAUUCUUAAGGCAGAAGACAAACAAGACUAAGAAGUACCAAAGUAUGCUCAAGCCAUCAGGCUACCCCUUUCCAGAAGAACAGGAUAGCCUGGAUGUUCUCACCCUGGAGGCCCUGAGCAUUAACAAUGAGGUUCAAUUAAACUCCCUGAACAUAGGUGCUGAUCCAGAGGUGUUCCACUGGACUGACAAUUCCAAGUACCAGCAGGACCAGCCGCUCAGUGUGCAAAAUGAAAGCUUGGGAAAUCAGAACAUGUCCAAGUACCUGAAUCCUGAAGAAGGCAACCCUGAUCAUUCCGUGAUAAGCAGUGACAGCGACCGUCGUUAUUUCCUCUACAAAAUCCUGAGAAUUGAACAAAACCAGAUGGUAUUUGACCUGCAGGCAUACUUGAUUGAGCGUUCAGAAGAGGUGUAUCUGUCGGCUGACAACAUCAAGAAAAUCAUUGGGAUCCUGACUGACUUCAUCUACUCACAAAAUAACGAGAUGUUGGUGUCCACCAUGGCGCAGCUGAAGAUAGAUCUGGACUUAAAUAGUUCAUCUAUUGACCAGGUCUACUUGAUUCUCUUUGCAUUUCAGGAAGCUGACAGAAAUUACCCCCAAAUCCUGGCCUUGCUGACCAACAUUCAUUUCUCCUUCCAUGAUUUUUCAGCUAUGAACACAGGCUCUGAGCCUGUCUUUGACCCUGCGGGGUAUCCCUCGGCAGACCUGCAGGAUAAUCAAGCCCAAGCAGCCUGUGGCCAGGGUGAUGACCUGCAGGAUAAUCAAGCCCAAGCAGCCUGUGGCCAGGGUGAUGACCUGCAGGAUAAUCAAGCCCAAGCAGCCUGUGGUCAGGGUGAUGACCUGCAGGAUAAUCAAGCCCAAGCAGCCUGUGGCCAGGGUGAUGAAGCCUCAGGGUUUUCCCUAGAGUACCAGCAGCAACUAAAUUUUGAACUGCUUGAAAUGAAGCAGACUACCAGCAGGAAUCAGUCAAGUACCUUGACACAGGCUACACAAAAGUCACCCACUUUAAAGGCAGCAACAUUUCCAGCUUCUGCCUCUUACAUCAAGGCAGGGACUUUGGAAUGUAACAGAACUGACACAAUUAACUUGGGGGGGUGUGACAGGUGCCCCUGCAGACUGCAGGAGAAAAGUUCAGAGAACUGUCAAAGACCCAAGCUUAUAGUAAUACCAAAUAUAGUAAUACUAAAUAUGAUUGUUAUUCAUACUACUGUUUCAUACCCUUAA